AGUUGGCCAAUCACCGUCCAGGGCAAGAACUUCCGCCACACGGACGGAGCAUGUUCCAUUGUACCGAGCAGUUCUAAAAGAGUGUCGCAGUUUUGGAGGUGUCAACUGUUAGAAUUCCGUUAAAGUUGCUUUGAUUGUGGUGACCAGUUGUCGCUACUUAGAGAAGAAAUCAGAUGAGGUCGUUGACGACAGAGUAACGGGCGACUGCAGGGACAGAGUGCGGUGGUUCUCACCGAAGGAAUUCCAUCCAGCCUCAGCGGCGGCUCUUCCAUCUUCUUCCGCCGGUUAGCACCGUAGCUAAACAGCCCUAGCCGCGGUUUGUUUUAACUCCCGUGAAUCCGAUGAGUGGAAUGUUUUUAACCCGGAUGCAUCUCAGUUCGAGUCGGUCAGAAACACAGACGACGAAGGCUGUUAGCUGCGGGAUUAGCCGCUAAGCCGAGUUAGCUACUUGGCUAGCCAACUGUCUGGUCGCCUUGUAUAAAAACAAACAAACAAACAAACAAAAACAAAAAAAACCAACACGACGUGUAGUCGGAUACAAACGUUGUUCUGGUGAAUAUUUAUUACUUGGACUUGAAUUUCACCGCAACCGUGCAGAAUGAAUGGGUUCAGCACAGAAGAGGACAGCCACGACGGCCCGCCGGCUCCACCGUUUUACGGCCAGAGCUGCUGUCUGAUCGAGGACGGGGAGCGCUGCGGCCGCUCGGCUGGAAACGCCUCCUUCAGCAAGAGAAUUCAGAAGAGCAUAUCGCAGAAGAAGCUGAAGCUGGACAUCGACAAGAGUGUGCGGCAUCUCUACAUCUGUGAUUUUCACAAGAACUUCAUCCAGAGCGUCCGCAACAAGAGAAAGAGGAAGACGAGUGAUGAUGGAGGGGAAUCCCCUGACCAUGAUGUGGAAGUGCCUGAGGUGGAUCUGUUCCAGCUGCAGGUGAACACGCUGAGACGCUACAAGCGACACUACAAGCUGCAGACCAGACCCGGCCUCAACAAGGCCCAGCUGGCAGAGACCGUGAGUCGUCACUUCAGGAAUAUACCUGUGAACGAGAAGGAGACGCUCACCUACUUCAUCUACAUGGUGAAGAGCAGCAAGAGCCGCCUGGACCAGAAGGCUGACGGAGGCAAACCGCUGGACUAAGCUUCCCUCUGCCGUAACCCCAGCAACAGCUCCACACCAAACCUGGACACCACUAUCAGCAGCAGCUCCGCCUCAGUCCCCUUCCCACUGUCGGACCAGAACCUUUGCCGUCCUCUCAGGACGUUAAACAGAACUGGAGGAGACGUGGAGGAAGGACGAGUUUGCUUUCUCGCCGUCACUGACCUCUCCAUAAGGUCUGUGGAGAAGCAAGGCUCACUGCGGAGAUUUACGUUGUAAUACUUUAAAAAAAAAAAAAAAAAAAAAAAAAAAACAAUACAGCAUAUGAUUUGAAAUAACUCAGCUGAAUGACAUGUACAAUAUUGCUGCCUUAAGAGUUUAAAAAAAUGGAGAAACAAAAACACUUUGUUGGUUAUUAUUUUUAGCUGGUGAAUAGACUGUUAACACAUUCAGGAGGAGGAGGCUGGAGGGGAAGGGGUUGAAACAAAUGAAAUGUUUGAAAAAGGACACAGGCUCAGGUUCGCUUUCCAGCUCAAAUCUAAUCACAUCAUCGAUAAUAAUGUGUAAAAUGAAAUUUAAAAACCUGAAACCAGUUCUGUUGGCCUGUUUUCAGGUGGAAUGUGACUGGAUGGUGAGGAACGGUGCAGCGCUUUGAGCCUUUUUUCCUCAGUAGAACGUUGUUUUGUGGGUACACACUGAUUUAUUUCUGUUCAAUUUUCUUUUUAGUUCUGCUUUUAUUCUACGUGUUGUUUAAAGAUACCUGCAUAUUUAACAAUGAACCAACACCUCCACUGGGGUAAAAUCGGAAAUCGAAGGCUUUUUAUACUUCAGAACAGAAGAAUAACAGGAAGACUUUUUCUCCCAGUUUGUAAGAAUUGAUUACUGGGAAAUGUUUGUCUUGAUGCCAUUCCUCCAUAUCAGAAUUACUGAAAUUCUUAAAGUCUUCACAUUUCAUUUCCAUCUGAAAUAAUAAUGUGAAACAGGCAGUUUCCUUCUGAUCUGGUUUGGUUUACAGAAAGGGAAAGCAGGCCGGCUGAAGCCUUCAUAUUCCUCAGAACCGUCGUCCUCCAGCUGUUCUUGUGGACUGAACUCACUUUACGAUUUCCGAUGCAUUUUUCUUUGCUUUAUUUUGUUUUCCAGUCUGUUGUACCUUUUUUUUUUUUUGCUUGUAGGUUUCUUAGUGUCAUGUAGAUAACAUCCGUCUUUAUUAACAAACAGGUCAUUCCUCAUUAUACUGACUGUUGUAUUAGAACGAAAACAGAAGAACACAUAUUUAAGUAUGGCUGCGUACUGCUCUUAAUAUUAUUAAUAAAUGUAUUGUACAGGCA